AUGGGGGCUCCCGACGCCCCGAUAUGGUCCCCAGCGACGGUGGACCGCAAGGCGUCGCUCGCGGGGGGCGCGACGUUCCUGUCGCUGGCCAAGGAUGCCGUCGACGUUGCGAUGAUGUGGAAGCGAGCGCGGCGCAACGCGGAGCGCCAGCACGCCGCGCGUGCGCGCAGGACUGGCCGGCUGGCCGUGCGGCGCUUCGUGGGCGGGAGCGACUCCGAGGCCUCGAGCGACGUCGAGGGGGACGCGGAGUCGGCGGGCAAGCGGAGACCAAGCCCUGGCUGCCUUGGAGCGGCGGCGUCGCAGCACGCCGGGGACGCAGAGGUCGUGGCGGCCCGGCGGCUCGACUGGUACUUCUCGGACAGCAGCGGGGACGAGAGCGACGCCGGAGCGCGCCAGCGCGCGCCGCGGGCGCUGGAGCCUCAACAGGAGGCACUGUUGGCAGACGCGCCCACGACGCCGGUGCUCGCGGGCGGAAUCAGCCACGAGCAGGACCAGCCGAGCAUACACCACGCGAAAGUCCACCCGGGGGCCUUCCCAGGGUUCGACGGGGCCGGAAACUACGCCGGGAGCGACGCAGCUACCGAGGCGACCACGCGGCGGUCGUCCGGCGAAGUGCACGGCGCCAGGCAGCACGCCGGGACGCCUCUCGUGCGGGUCAAGGCCGCGGCCACACCAGCCGCGGCGUUGCCCGCAGCAACGACGCAUGCGGCCGCCCUCGACUCCCCCCGUGACGCCCAUCGCGCCUCCUGGGCCCGCGGGGCGCCUGCGUCAAGGCCCGGUGGCACGGGAUCGCCGGAGGCGCCCCCCGGAGCGCGCGCCGCGGGUGGCAGCCCGGCCGUUCGCCACGACCGGGCCCCGCAGGCCACACAGAGCUCAGCACGGAGCAAUGCGAGCGGCGCGCGCGGCGCCCAGUCGUCCGGGCCGGCGCAGACGGCAGCACCGGCGACGGCGCGCGGUUCCGGCGGCGCGUGCGCCCCGGAGGGCGCCGCGGCGACCCCGGUGCAGAACCUCCUGACUCGGUUCAUGUCUGACGCGUCAGACGGGGCCGUCAUUAGUCCCCCGGACUGUCCCAGAGCCGCCACGCCAGCCAGCGCAGGCGUGUUCGUGCCCGACGACGUCGCGCGGGCGGCGAGCGCGCUCGCCCGGUACCUGGAGGUGUCUGGUGCGCCGGCAAUGAGCCCCCCGGGGGGGUGCCCCGCGGAGUCCAAGCCGGCCCGCGCGGGCGGGCAAGUGUCCGGCGAGAUCGUCCGAGCGGCGAACGCGCUCACGCGGUACCUCGAGGGCCCUGGUUCGCGCGCCGAGUCGGCGGCAACCGCCGACGUGGAAGCACGGCCAAGCGGCGCCGUUGAAAGCACGGCGGCGACGGACAAGCACGCAGACGGCGAGUCCCUCGACAGCAGGGGCGCCAAGGCCACCGUAGACGCGCCGAGGGGCCUCCCCGCGUCACCGCAGCGCUGGGCGGCCUCCACGUCAUCCCCGGCGCCGGUGUCGGGCCUGCACGCGCCGGGGCAGCCAGCACGCGAGCCAGCCGUGCCGCUGCAGGGUCCGGUGACGUGCGCAGGUCCAGCGAUGGAGCACCGGCGGCAUGUUGCGGCACUGCCGCAGGGGACGGGUCAGGCCGGCAACGGGUCGACAGCUGCGUCGUGCGUGCCGGCCACACACACACCGGUGCUGCACGGCAACGUCGCGGGGACGGGUCAGGCGCUGCUCCUUCCGGACGUGUCGACGCCUGCGGCACCGCAGCUGCGAGCAAGCGCACAGGAGGGCGCCACGCCUCCGCCUGCGCCGCCGCUGCCGGCCGCGCUGGCGUCGCAGGUCAGCGUCAACGCCUUCCAGGUGGAGAGCGCGUCGGUCCGCUUGUCUACUGUGGCCGCGUCGCAGGGUAGCGGCAGUGCUGCAGAGGCGAGGAGCCCGCCCCCGGCACCACCAUCGCUGCCAGAGGCGCCGCCGGCGUCGCGGAGCGGCGAGGAGACGACGGCACGCGCGGCGCCGCCGCUGCCACAGCAGGCGGCAGUGCCGGCGGGCUGCUCCGCGCCGUCGCUGCCGCAGCGAGCGACACAGCAGGCUGACCGAAGCCCUCCACCCGCACCGCCGCUGCCUGUGUCCGCGACAGCGCACGCGGCCCGCACGCCGCCGCCGGCGCCACCGCUGCCGUCGCAAGCGGCGGUGCAGAGCAAGGGCACGGCAGCGGAGCGGGCGCCACCACCCGCACCGCCACUGCCAGGACUGGCGACGACCCAGGCGGAGCGGACGCCGCCGCCAGCGCCGCCGCUGCCGCCACAGGCGACGCCGCAGGACGGCGGCAAGGCAGGUGGCCGCGUGCCGCCGCCAGCGCCGCCACUCCCGCCCCAAGCGACGCCGACUUCGACGUCGGCUCGGACGCCGCCGCCAGCGCCGCCUCUGCCACCGACAGCAACGCCGAAGGCGGCCCGCACGCCGCCGCCAGCGCCGCCGCUCCCGCCUUCUGCGACACCGCAGAACAGCAACAAGGCGGCGGCCCGCACGCCGCCCCCAGCGCCGCCGCUCCCGCCACAAGCAACGCCGUCGGCGGGGGGUCGGACACCGCCGCCGCCGCCGCCCCUGCCGCCCUCGGCGGCCUCGAAGGGCGACGGCAAGACGGCAGGCCGCACUCCGCCCCCGCCACCGCCGCUGCCAGGCGGUCCAAAGAGAGCGCCCGGGCCGCCCCCGCCGCCCGCAUUGCCGUCGGCAAGCGGCGGCGACGCUCCCGCGGACGACGCGCACAGCGGCAGCAAGGCGCCCAAGGCGCCCGCAGUGCCCAGAACAAUAUCCUCCGGGUCGGGCUGGGGGGGCCUCCAGGGCAUGCGGCGGCGCACGUUGCACUGGGAAGCCAUCCCUGACUCAGUCCUCGCCGAGACGGUCUGGGGCGCCCUCGCGGAGAGCCCCGCGAGCCAGGCGGGCGGCAGCUCCCCGCAGGACACCCCGACCGUCGCGCCGACGGGCCCCAUCAACGAGGGCGCGGUGACGAUGUUGUUCACGAAGCUGGCGCCCGUGCCCGCGAAGACCCGGUCGCGGACGCGCGCGGGCUGGGACCAGACGCCCCAGGGCCCCGCGGUGCCCGCCGCACGCGAGGGCGCGGCGCUCAAGUCGCACGCGUCGGGCGCGCUGAAGAUCUCCGUCCUGGACGACCUGGCGCGCGCGCGCAACGUGGAGAUCAUGCUGCGGUGCGUGCGCGUGCCGAUCGACGAGAUCCCCGGCACCAUCGACAGCCUCGACUCCUCCAAGCUCACGUACGAGGCCGUGGAGGCGCUGCGCGCGUGCCUGCCGACGCAGCACGAGUUCCAGCGUCUGGACCAGUGGGCGCGCGCCGGCGGCGACCCCUGCACGCUCGUCGACGCGGAGCGCUUCUUCCUGGCCGUGGGCGCGGUGCCCAAGGCACGGGCCAAGCUGCGCGCCCUCGAGUUCAAGCUCGGGCUCGAGGAGACGACGCAGCAGCUGUCGCAGUCCUGGGGCGCGGCGACCGCGGCGUGCGUCGAGGCGCGCCGGUCGCCGCGCCUGGCGGGCCUGCUGCGCGUGGUGCGCGACGUGGGCAACUCGCUCAACACGCACAGCCGCUUCCAGGCGAACGGGUUCCGGCUGACGUCGCUGCUGAAGCUGCGCGACACGCGGACCUUCGCGGACCACGACGUGACGCUCCUGCACUUCGUCGUCGCGCACGUGACGUGUUUCAACCCCCAGGUGCUGGACGUGGCAGGAGACAUCCCCGGGCUCGGCGCCGGGGCGCGCGUGUCGUUUGCGGCGCUCGACGCAGAGCUCCAGCAGCUGCGCAUCGGGCUCCAGGCGCUCGAGGGGCAGGUCGCGGCCCCGGAGAGCGCGGGGAGCGUCUACGCCGAGUCGCUGGCGGGGUUCGCGCGCCAGGCGCGCGCGGCGCUGGAGCUGCUCGAGUCGGAGCGCCAGCAGGCGAAGGCGGACUUCGAGGAGACGGCGCGGUUCUUCGGAGAGCCCGUGGCCCCGGGGUGGGAGGCGGAGGAACCGUCGAGGUUCCUGGGCGUGCUGGUUGAGUUCUUGCGGCACCUGAACGCGGCGCGGCGGGAGAAGAAGCAGGUCCGGCGGUGCGUGGCCGCGAUCGAGGGGGCCGGGCGCGCGGACGAGGCGCGGAGGACGGAGGAGGAGCACGUCGAGGAGCAUGGCGGCGCGACGUAG